AUGGGCGGAAUAUUGAAGAAUCCAUUACCAGCAGACCAGAAUGGUCCUGAAAGCGAGGAGUCUACUUCAGAGUUUAGAAAACAGGUAUUGAUGAAUACGCAGUUGAAUGCGAAACUGACGUCAAAGAAGAAGGGUGAAAUUGCAUCACAUAAGCAUGGACUUCCCAAGGAUACACUAUCGUUGAAACGUGAACAGGAAGCAGAGGAAAGCUUACAGUGGAAUCAGAAGAAUUUGGAUGCAAAUGAGAUUGCCAAGCAGCAGUAUCAGGAUAUACAUAUCGAUGAACCAAAGACACCUUACCAGGGUGCGAUUGAUCCAAACGGUGAAUACUAUAGGGACGAUGACGAGAACGAAGCAGAGUUGGAGAAUUUCUCCCUUGACGGGCAGCCUUUACCGCCACAGAAGAGCGAACAUUCAAGGUUUGAAGAAAUGAGAAAGAAGCACUACAGUCGGGAAGGUGCUGUACCACAUAGUCGAACAUUCGAGGACGACCAGGAUGACGCACAGGACGAUGAAUAG